CCAAACAUCGUGCAGGCAAAGCCGGAUGAGGCCAUUCUACCAAGAGCCUUCUCCGUACCUACACAAACUCAGACCGUGGUGACUAGUGUCUUUGUGUGGAGUCGUGUGCACCUUGAGAUGUGUCGUGUGCAUUGUGUUGGUAAUGGCCGGUAAUAUUUCAUCCCUCAUCUCAUCCGUAGUAUAUAAACCGUCUGCAUCUCCGCUCAGCAUCACUCCAACCUGUCUCCCUGGCUGGUCGACAUGCAGUUCGUGUUGUUCCUCGUCGGUGCCGCGGCGUUUGUUUCAGCGGAGUCUCCAAUAUCGAAGAGCUAUCUUCCUCCGCCUCCUCCGAGUGACGUCAUCAGCUUCUCUCGAGCAGCUUCAUCGGGCCAGGACUUCCGAAGAAUUCAGGAGCUAGGAGACACGAGCUCGGGUCUAAGACACGCAGACAACAACUUUGAAAGGAUCAGUUCUAGGGGUCAGGGUGUGGGAGACGACGCUACGGGAAGGAGGCCCUCACAGGAACCAGCGGAUCCGGCCAAGUAUAUGUUCGGUUACUCGGUUAACGAGCUAGAGGGAGCAGACUUCGGUCACAGAGAGGAGAGGCUCGAGGAGAGGAGCCAGGGUCAGUACCGCGUGAUGCUUCCAGUCGGCAGAGGACAGGCAGUGGACGACGGAGCUGAAGGUCGCGGGUUCCAACCCCAGGUGGCCUACAGGAGCUCUGGCGCCUCGGCUGGGGGCUCUGGCUAUGACUCCUCACACAAGGAAUACAACCAGGGCGGCCGAGAGGGGCGAGGGGGGCGCUCAGGAUACUAACUAUUGAAUCGUUACUACUUCAUGAUGGCGUAUUCCAUUCUCUAUACUACCCUUCUAUGAUAUUUCCACAUUUUAAUAAAGAAUAUUAGUUCUCCUACUUCUUUUUUAA